AUGCCCCAUACUCGACAUGUCCUGCCGCAGACUACCACGAGCUAUAGAGGAGCUUGUCAGUCAAACAGCGGUGUGGCAGGUAACAUAUGUGCUGCAGGGCAAGAAACAAGUUCAAUUGACACAACAUGUCAACAACAAUCCAACCCCGACGACGAGACGGAGUAUGAAGUCUGCCAGCUCCCACAAAGUCCGACGCCGGCAUUGGAAUAUUCCAUUGAGAGUUUGUCAGAUGACGGCUUUUACGAUGUUUCACCAGGUCCAAGCCCAGCCGGAACAAAAACGAGCGCUUCAGCGGAGCGCAAAACAGACGCCGAAACCUGUCGGGAGCGCGUACCGCGCCUCUUCAACUACGGCCUCGACAAACCUGGCAAUAUCGUGUCGCCUUCCUCAGAAAUUGCAAAGAACGAAAUUCCAUCCGCCAACAAUAGUGACCAAGACUCGGAAUUAGACCGCCAUGGCGAUUCACGGGACAGCGAUGGAACUACGGAAGAGCACACUCUGGAUCAGUAUGAUCCAUUUCAAUUUCUGCCUGCAGAUCUGCGGCAGUUCACACACGACAAAUUCCUGACGUGGAUGGCAUCGGCAAGAUAUGCUGCACCACCAGAAGACAGACUGCUGCCUCGCAAGCGUAUCAAGACAGCGGAUCGGCCUCUCCGCUUGGCACUCGCCGAGGAGGAGAAGGAAACGAGGGAUUCUGAACUCGUUACUGUAUCCGCCAAAACGGGAUACUUUCACCUAGCCUGUCCCUUCUAUCUCUCUAGCCCCGACAAGUCCCGAGAUUGCCUACUGCCUCACGGCCUGCAUUCUGUCGAAGAUGCUAUAUCGCAUCUGCAAAAAGCACAACGCGGACUACCAUUUUAUGGACGAGGCCACCUUAGUUGUGUUCGUGCCCUAUUGCCAUGGAAAACAGUAAAGAGCCACGCAAUCCCGCCUAUGGCCAACAUCUGCUCCAGGGCCCAGUGCACACCCUCCCCUCAGACUGGCCAGAGAGAUCCAUUGCGCCGGAAAAAAGCGGGCGUGUCGAAGGAGAGUAGAAAGGGCAAUAGAAAGAGACGACGAGUUUCCACUGGGAACAACAAAGACAACAAUCCCGGCGACAGCGAUGACGAAGGAUCCAGCGACGAACGCGGCCAGUCCAACAACGACGCUGCCGAGGAAAACACUCGCUUUUGGGCUUGUCUCUACUACGCUUCCGACCAGCACAAUCACUUCCACUGUCUCGGCAAAUAUAAACUGAGGCGAUUCGCCGACAUCAUGCAGCACCUGGAGCGGUAUCAUCGCCUCCCUCGAUUUUACUGCCCAAAAUGCUGGCACAAGCAGAAAACCAAGACGGCGCAGGACGCCCAUAUCCGCGACUGCAGCUCCCCAAACCUCCCGCCACCCGAACAGCUCUACGACGAUAAAGUAGACCAGCUUAAGGACAUGCUCAAAAGCCGACGCGGUAGCGCCGACGAGGAUAAGUGGUUUUCUAUGUGGGACAUGAUCUUUCCCGGCCGUCCUCGACCCCAUUCCCCGUAUGUUGAGCAAGGCAUGGCCGAACCUGCAGGUGUGCUUCGUCGCAAUAAUGAGCCUGCGUUGCAUGCGGAAAUGCCCCGGCUGCUGGAAGAGCUCGGCGCCCAGCCGAGCCCCCAAGAUAUCGCGACAUUUGUCGCUGAGGUGGUCUCCAUUUCAUUCCAAGUUCCUUCCCGUGGGCCCCAACACGUAGGCAUGAGCCUUCUUGGGGAUCAAGCCUCCCUCACUCGCCCAUCCAGAGGCCUCCAGUCAGGACAUGCACCUCCCAACAUUCCCGCAGUCCCUUCAAAUCCAUCCCACUCUCAACCGUUGGCUGGGGAUCAAGUCCAUUGCGGCACCCAGCCAUUAUACGAGUGGUCUACCACGAGGUUUUUUGGUCUAGAUGAAUGGCCAAUGCAUAUUGGCCCGCCCACACCAUACCUCCCCCCAGCCAACCCUUUUUCGACGAAUCCCACUGACGAUUUCGGAAACAGCUUCAGUCUCUUCGGAUCCGAACACUCUCCGUGGCCUUAG